CGAUAAUGAUGAUGAUGUUAUUGUUGUUGGGGAACAGUUUCGUCAGCAUUCUCCAGUGCGAGGCAGAGGGGUUCCUUUAAAUUAUCCACGUGGUGUAGGUCAUACACCUCCAAGAUUCUCAAAGCCUAACCCAGGCAUUAGAGCACCAAGUUCAAGUCAGAAAGGGGCACCUCCUCCGAAACUGUUUGACAUCAGUAAACACUUUGAAGAUCUCGCCUGUGUUGUGAAUUCAACUGGGGACGAUGAAGAAGCAGGAAGGGGGGAUGAAGAUCUCCAGAUCGUGGGGGUGACCCUUGCAAAUGAUAAAAGCAGUCAGCCGAAAGCUGUGGAUGCUAGCAAAUUCUCAUUUUGCUGUGUCCACUGUGGAAAAGACCAGGGUUCAAAGAAUGUCAUGAAGCAGCACAUGAAAGUAAGUCAUAACGAUACCUUGCUGGGGGCUUUCACAAACGUGGAGACCGGUCAGCUUCUCUUCUUCUGCCCACAACUAACCUGUGAAUUUAUGACUUAUGAUGAAACAAGAUUAAGCGAGCACCUGACCAAGUGCUACAACCUGGACAGUGCCAAAUCUGUUGACUUUGAAACAGCAGUAAAGAAUCUUAAGUCUUUAAAGAUCAGGC